ACAAUAUUCAAUACACCCAACAUGAAGACCAUCCUUAUUAUUUGCAUUCUCUUUGCUUCCCUUCUUUUCUCGCCCUCUUCGAUUCUCGCUCGAGAAUUGGCUGAGAGUACUGAUGCAGGAGGUAAUGGCCAAACCGGGAAUCCCAACAAACCAGCAAUCAAGGAGUGUGGUCCUCCUGAGAGCCCGGCUUACAGUAAGUGCAUAGCAAAAUCUAAGCAGAAGCCGAAGUGUAAUCCUAAAGACCCCUACACUCGUUGCACAGGUACUGGCACAUCUGGAACACCCAACAAUCCAGCAGUAAAACCAGGUAUCGGCUCAUCUGGGAAUCCCAAUAAUCCAGCUGUAAAACCAGGUACAGGUCAACCCAUAUUUAAUGAUCGUCCCAAAGGUCCAAUAACCAAGCCGAACCCGAAGCACAAGUGUGAUCCCUCGACCACGUACGGUCGUUGCCCACCUCAAGACCCAUGAAUAAGCCAUAAUUAAUUAUGUUGUGUAAUCAAAGUAUGAAUUAAGCCCAAGUCGGACGCUCAAUUAUUAAUUAAUUACCACGACAGCCGACAGGAACGGUUGAGAAUAAUGGGCUGUUAAUUAUGUAGUUUGCUAUAUGUGUGUGUGUGUGAUAAAUAAAAAGAGAUCGAUCGAUCUGUUUGUUUUCUUA